AUGUUCCAUCUACCAACACAAACCAACGCCCACCGACAUCAACCAACAACCACCAACAUCCACCAAUGCCAACCAACAUCCACCAACACCCACCCACAUCCACCAACAUCAACCAACAACCAUCAACACCCACCAACAUCCACCAACAACAACCAACACCCACCAAAACCUACCAACAUCCACCAACAUCCACCAACAACCACCAACAUCAACCAACACCAAGCAACAUCCACCAACACCCACCCACAUCCACCAACAAAAACCAAGGCCCACCAACCAAAAACCUACCACACCCACCAACAUCCCCCAACAUCAACCAACACCAAGCAACAUCCACCAAUGUCCACCAACACCAACCAACACCUACUAACACCAACCAACAUUCACCAACACCAAGCAACAUCCACCAAUGCCCACCAACACCAACCAACACCUACUAACACCCACAAACACCUACCAACGCCCACCAACACCAACCAACAUCCACCAACACCAACCAACGCCAAUCAACACCAACCAACACCCACCGACAUCAACCAACAUCCACCAACAUCCACCAAUAACCACCAACAACCACCAACAUCAACCAACAACCACCAACACCCACCAACGGCCACCAACACCAACCAACAACCACCAACAUCCACCAACAUCUACCAACAACCACCAACACCCACCGACAUCAACCAACAUCCACCAACAUCCACCAAUAACCACCAACAACCACCAACAUCAACCAACAACCACCAACAUCCAGCAACAUCAACCAACAACCACCAACACCCACCAACAUCCACCAACAUCCACCAACACCCACCAACAUCCACCAACAUCCACCAACAUCAACCAACAUCUACCAAUGCCAACCAACAUCUACCAACACCCACCAACAUCCACCAACAUCCACCAACAUCAACCAAUGCCCACCAACGCCCUCCUACAUCCACCAACGCCCACCAACACCCACCAAUGGCCACCAACACCAACCAACAACCACCAACAUCCACCAACAUCUACCAACAACCACCAACACCCACCGACAUCAACCAACAUCCACCAACAUCCACCAAUAACCACCAACAACCACCAACAUCAACCAACAACCACCAACAUCCAGCAACAUCAACCAACAACCACCAACACCCACCAACAUCCACCAACAUCCACCAACACCCACCAACAUCCACCAACAUCCACCAACAUCAACCAACAUCUACCAAUGCCAACCAACAUCUACCAACACCCACCAACAUCCACCAACAUCCACCAACAUCCACCAACAUCAACCAACAUCCACCAACACCAACCAACAUCUACCAACAUCCACCAACACCAACCAACACCAACCAACGCCCACCCACAUCCACCAAAGCCCACCAACACCAACUAACACCCACCAACAUCCACCAAUGCCCACCAAUGCCCACCAACACCAACCAACAACCACCAACAUCCACCAACAUCUACCAACAACCACCAACAUCAACCAACAACCACCAACAUCCACCAACACCCACCGACAUCAACCGACAGCCACCAACACCCACCCACAUCAACCGACAUCCACCAACAUCAACCAACAACUACCAACACCCACCAACAUCCACCAACAUCCACUAA